CAUAUAACCAGGUUACCACGUGAUUAAGCUGCUAGUUAGCAUUGAGACUGACAAGAGAGCGUUUCGCAUCCGAGAUAAGACCCGUUCUCUCCUAAGAGAAAUCGUAGACCUUGCAAAACUUUCCACAAUGUCCAACCUCACGACCAGCACUUUAAAUAACACGUCUACGGAUGACGACACCAUGGCGCUGGCUACCAAGAUGCACUGGGUUUCCAGUGUCGUGUUCGGAAGUAUCUUCAUGGUCAUCGGGCUCACCGGAAACUGUUUAGCCGUCAUGGUGUGGAGGCGGAAGUCGAUGAGAUCCUCUACCGGAACCUAUCUGAUUGCCCAGGCGGUGGCAGAUUCUGGUCUGCUUAUAUUCUUCUUCAUCACCGACACAAUAAAAAUGAUAUGGCCGGAGAUUACCACAAGUUACGCGUACGGAAGUUUCUUUUCUUACGUCGGAUACCCGAUCUUCUUCCUGUUUGUCGUCUGUAGCAUUUGGAUGACAGUAGGGGUCACGGUCGACAGGUACAUACAGGUGUGCUGGAUAAUGCAUGCCAAGACAAUGUGCAACGACAAAAAGGCCUAUACCGGGAUUGGUAUCAUCACAUUCCUGUGCUUCAUAGUUAACUUGCCACACUUCAUGACCUUCGAACCGAUCGCCGAUGACAUGCGCAGUCCUGAUGCAGCAGCUUUUAGUUAUACCGAUUUUGGGGCAGGCGAGGGAAGCAUGCGCUAUGAGUUCUGGGUCCAUUGCAUGUUCCUGGUGUUGGUUCCCUGGGCAACCAUCUUCAUUCUCAAUAUGCUUAUCAUUAGAAGAGUCACCAAGACUAAUAAGCGAAUGGAGGAAAAGAGGAGCUCUUUCGCAAGCGAAAAGGUCAAGAGGUCAGAGAGCCAAAUCACGCGCAUCCUCCUGACAGUUACCUUCACCUUCCUCGUCCUGAUAGCUCUCCAGUGCAUCACUCAAUGUUUUUUCAUGUUGAAGGAAGCCAAGGGUGACAGACGGAUCAUCAACGAAGCAUUUUCUGUGGCCAAACUGGGCAUCGUUAUUAAUUCUUCUAUCAACUUCUUUCUCUACUGCCUGACCGGUCGACGUUUCCGGAAGGAGCUUUGUUACAUCCUGUUCCGUAACUGCUCACGCAGUCGCUUCUAUAUGCGCGAGUCGAGUACAGGAGAUAGCAACAGCUCAAGUGUAGACAAAUCAAAGUCCUCCAUGACAGGAUCCUCGAAGUUCUAAAGAAAAACACUCGUCUUUGUCACGUCAAGCAAGAUAUGACGCUUUUAUGAUACUACAAAACGAUCACUGAGCGAAUAAGAAUCGCGCGAAUUGUUGUCCAAAAACCUGGAGUUCCACAAUUUGGAAAGACUCUCAGAUCUUUCCGUUAUAUCCUCGGAAAAACACUCGGACAUUUCCGUUAUAUCCUCGGAAAAACACUCGGACAUUUCCGUCAUUUCCUCAGAAAAAUAAAUGCAUUUUAUAACGGAAAUGCCCCAGAGGUAUUCCGAUGGGAUAUUCCAAUCAAGAGGUCAUAACUUAUAUAAAGUAUUUUAGGCUCCACUCACUGUUUUACCACGAUUUGUGACCGAAGAGAAUGAAAUAUCAUGAUCUUUCAUAACUACAAAUGUAAUACAUAACAAAUUUUACAUAUUGUGGGUGAUCUUUUCCUACGCCCUGGUCGCUAUUCUAAGCUCACAGCUUGUACAAUUGUCCAUCACAUCAUGUGCCUUGAUGUUCGUUCUCCUGGUCAUUGCGUAAGUCCUUGAAUAUUCGUUUCUCAGGUACCGUCGACAUGGGAAAAGAUAGAAAACACCAAUAUUUAGAUAUGUACAUCAUCAUUUGACAACAUCAAGGUUGAGAGGAGAAGGGAGGGGAAGGGAAUGAACCAGUAUUUCACAUAUGAGAGAGAUGUUUACUGUUUCCAUUGAGAUGUAUGCUAACAUAGCAUUCAAAACGAAAAAUAAUAACGGUAAAAACAGACAUCUGUGAAUAUCAUUCCAAGUCUGGUGUCAGGGCCAGCCAGGACAUUCUGAGAGCUAGAUGUCAAGGCCAGAGUAAACUCUGUCCGAGCGAGGAAUCAAACCUAGGCAGCAUCAUCUGUUCACCCAAACAUACAUAACAUAAUCUCUAGCAUUGCAGUUCUCCUUUUAUCAUGGCCUUAUCUUCGGUUUAUCUUUAUAGCAUGACAAGUAAAAACAAUGUAAGUAAUAAAGCCGAAAUACAUUGUAAACCAAUAAACUUGAGAUUGUUUGGAUUCGGGCGAUUGAAAUGUAGUUUUUGUGGUUUUUUAAAAUUUGUUUUUGUGUGUGUGUUUUUUUGUUUUUUGUUUUGUUUUAAUUCCUUUUGUUUAUUUGUGUUUCGCUGAAGCCAAAUUAGGAGUGCACAGAUAAUGCGUUAGAGUUAAUUUUAGUUUUUAGAUCUGAGGUGGUUUAUAAUAUGAUGUAGGCGGUGUAUACCAAUAUAUGGCCAUUAGGGUGCCAGUGUUUAUGUCCAAAUGUGGCACCAGUUAGCCUUUUAUAGCCAUUGUCUAGAUAACCUGUUGCACGACUAUUUGUCAUCAAGCUUUGUAAAUUAUCACUAUGACUAAGUAGGUGACAACACAAUUGUCAUGACUGUUUGUUUGGUAAUUAGAUAUAAGUAUUAUCAUUACGGCAAUGAAUAAUAGUAUAUAUCCCAUAAUACCCUAGCACAUCUCGGAGGAUAUGUAGAAUGCUACUGAAAACGAUAAAAAAAAUUCCAUUAAAUUCACAUAUUUACAAUUAACGAUAAAAAAUCAGAUCUUUUUGUAGUGUAGUCAUAUAUUAAUACGCGAACAUACAGGGCGGAGAGUCUUUAUUUUAGCUGGCUUGUUUGUGUCAGUUAGCUGGUGUCUGUAUCUAUGGGAAACCUUUUUACGUCCUCACAAUUUACCGGAAAAAAUCGGAAUAUUAGAAUAAUUCUGAAUAAUUUAGAUUAUGACUUUUCAUACAAGUUUUUUCUGUUGUUUUGAUUUUUUGUUUUUGUUUUUUGUUUUUAGGCGAUACAGCUAAAUCUCGCUAUACUGCUUAUCUUUUUACGUCACGUCGUGUUAGUAAAAUGAGAAUUAUGAUUCUACCUAAUAACCACUCGAUCGCUAUACACUCCUUCUUUUCUUGCUUCCUCUGCUUUCCGUCCACAGGAGGUCAACACAAUGUCCCUUGUUAUACUUAUGCUCGAUAUUCUGCCUAUCUUUCGUUUACAUUUGUACAUUUAUUGUAUAUAGAAUUUCAUUUUUAUGGUUUUUAUUUAUCCCUCGAUAUUCUUCCCAUCUUUUCCCUUCUCUCAUUUACUGUAAAUAAAAUAUGAACAUGUUUUUGUUUGAUUUACCCGUCGAUAAACUGUCCAUAUUUCCGUUUUCUUUAUUUCAUGUUGAUAAAGAUCAACAUUUUUGUUUGUUUUAUUUACCCCUCUAUAGACUGUCUAUAUUUCCGUUUCAUUCAUUUACUUUAAAUGCAAUAUCGAAAUGUUUUUGUUUUAUUUACCACUCGAUAGAUUGCUCAUCUUCCUGUUUCCUUCAUUUUCUGUAAACAAGAUAUCAAUAUUCUUUUAUUUACCCAUAGAUAGACUAUCCAUCUGUUCUUUUCCUUACUGUAAUCAUAUUUUUAACACUUUGUUUUUGUUUUGUUUUUAUUUUACUCUCGAUAUUCUGCCCAUCUUUUCGUUUCCCUCAUUUACUGUAAAUAAAAUAUCAACUUUGUUUUUAUCUACCCCUCGAUAGACUGUCCUUAUUUUCGUUUCCUUCACUUACUGUAAAUAAAUGACCAGCAUUUUUGUUUGUUUGUUUCAUUUUUUUCUAAGAUGUAAACCUUUAGCUAGUAACUCAUGCUCCCCAAUUGUUUUAAUCAUACCCCUCGAUAAGCAAUAAAUCUUUCAGUAAAACGUCAAUGACGUGAGCUAUUCAACAUUUGUGUCAAUAGAUAUACGUCAUCAUUUGUGUAUUGAAAUAACGCAUGUUUUAUGACGUAUUCAUCAUUUGUGUAAAUGACUAAGGUUUUUAUGAUGUGCGUCAUCAUUUGUGUUAAUGACGCAUGGGUUUUAUGAUGUACGUCAUCAUUUGUGUUAAUGACGCAUGGUUUUUAUGACGUAUUCAUAAUUUGUUAUCAAAAUUUGCGUUAUGUUGUAAAAAUGGCAGUCAAUACCCAGAGAGGAGGCAUUUGUAUAUCUACUUAAUUUUAUUUUGUCAAUAAAAUGUUGUACCGUA